AUGUUUGGCGCCGUCCAGCGCCGUGCCUUCUCUGCCUCGGCUCGCAACCUCUCCAAGGUGACGGUCCUCGGUGCGGCCGGUGGCAUUGGCCAGCCUCUGUCACUGCUCCUCAAGCUCAACCCCAGAGUGACGGAAUUGGCUUUGUACGAUAUCCGCGGUGGACCCGGUGUCGCCGCCGACAUCUCGCACAUCAAUACCAAGAGCACCGUCAAGGGCUACGACCCGACCCCCACCGGCCUCGCCAAUGCCCUCAAGGGAUCCGAUGUCAUCCUCAUCCCUGCCGGUGUGCCCCGCAAGCCCGGCAUGACCCGUGACGACCUCUUCAACACCAACGCCUCCAUCGUCCGCGACCUGGCCAAGGCCUGCGCCGAGUCCGCCCCCGAGGCCAGCCUUCUCAUCAUCGCCAACCCCGUCAACUCCACCGUCCCCAUCUGCGCCGAGGUCUACAAGGCCCGUGGUGUCUACAACCCCAAACGUCUCUUUGGUGUCACCACCCUCGACGUGGUCCGUGCCUCUCGCUUCGUCAGCGAGAUCAAGGGCAGUGACCCCGCUGACGAGAAGAUCACUGUUGUCGGUGGCCACUCCGGUGUCACCAUCGUUCCUCUCUUCAGCCAGAGCAACCACCCCGACCUGAGCUCCAACGCUGAGCUCGUCAACCGCGUCCAGUUCGGUGGCGACGAGGUCGUCAAGGCCAAGGACGGUGCCGGCUCUGCUACUCUGUCCAUGGCCAUGGCUGGUGCCCGCAUGGCCGAGAGCAUCCUCCGUGCCGCCCAGGGCGAGAAGGGUGUCAUUGAGCCCGCCUUCGUCGACAGCCCUCUGUACAAGGACCAAGGCAUUGACUUCUUCGCCUCCAAGGUCGAGCUCGGCCCCAACGGUGUUGAGAAGAUCUUGCCCGUCGGUGAGGUCGACGCCAACGAGCAGAAGCUGCUCGAGGCUUGCUUGAUCGACCUCCAAAAGAACAUCAAGAAGGGUGUCUCCUUUGUUGCCUCCAACCCCGGGAAAUAA